CAAAACAUUCCUAAUAUCCAGGAAGGACUUGGAUUUCGCCACUAUAAGUACCCCCCACCGUCUCUCUCAACCCCUUCAACUUCAUUCCUCUCUGUUUCGUCUUCUUAGAUAAACUCUGGGCCGGAAAGAUGACCAUUCUCGUCGAGCAGCCUGCAGAUCUUGGUGCGGAGACAGUGGAGAAGAAGGCGGGUUCUGAUGACAACGAGUUGGUUCUAGAUGGAGGGUUUCCGAUCCCAAGAUCUGUUCAGAAUGCCGGAUUUGAGGCGCCUGAGAUUAACUCUUUCGGCCACUCAUUCAGAGACUAUGACGCUGAAAGUGAAAGGCAAAAGACUGUGGAGGAAUUCUACCGGGUGAAUCACAUCAACCAAACAUAUGAUUUUUGUUCUGCGCAGGUGAGGAGAAUGCGAGAAGAGUAUGGGAAAUUGGACAAGGUGGAGAUGAGCAUAUGGGAAUGCUGUGAGCUUCUCAACGACGUCGUUGACGACAGCGAUCCCGACUUAGACGAGCCUCAGAUUGAGCACUUGUUGCAGACGGCAGAAGCCAUUCGUAAGGACUACCCCGACCAAGAUUGGCUGCACUUGACCGGUCUCAUUCACGAUCUUGGAAAAGUUCUUCUUCAUCCAGGCUUUGGGGGGCUUCCACAAUGGGCUGUUGUUGGUGACACUUUCCCUGUUGGAUGUGCUUUUGACGAAUCAAUUGUUCAUCACAAGUAUUUCAAGGAGAAUUCGGAUUCAAGAAAUCCCACUUACAAUACCAAGAAUGGGAUUUACGAGGAGGGGUGUGGACUAAACAACAUUUCCAUGUCAUGGGGGCACGACGAUUACAUGUACUUGGUGGCUAAGCAAAAUGGAACCACUCUCCCUCCGGCUGGAUUGUUCAUCAUCAGAUUCCAUUCUUUUUAUGCUUUGCAUAGGUCUGGAGCAUAUAAACACCUGAUGAAUGAGGAAGAUCAUGAAAGUUUGAAGUGGCUUAAGAUCUUCAACAAAUACGAUCUCUAUAGUAAGAGCAAGGUUCGGAUCGAUGUCGAAAAAGUGAAACCCUACUAUCUUUCUCUCAUAGAAAAGUAUUUUCCGGCCAAGCUCCGAUGGUGAAAUCAAGAUGUUUGGGGUUGAAGAAAUGCUACUUUUUCUCUUGCACUUGUAGAGAAAUAUGUUAAGAGAAUUAAGCUCCGAUUAAUCUUAUGAUUUGUUGUUGGGAAAUUAUGUGUACUAAAUUCAAAAAACAAAUAUUUCUAUCAAUGGAUAUGUAUUUAAUUUCAUUGAAUUUAAGCAGCCCCAUCAACUCUGUGAAUGUUCUUUUA